UCCUGGCAAUGCCACCCCCCGGAGUAUGAACCAGUGCCGCAUACGAGGGAUCCUUCGAGCCAUCAGAGACAGAUACCGAACCCUAGAGAGAAAGCAGGCCGAGGGGCUAGACAACCUUGUUUGGAGAGACCGAAGAUGGGGCUUCUGCACGACAGUACGGGCACUACAGCCACACGAGGUGCUAUUCGGGUUCCCGAUGCCUAUGCCGUUCGAUUGGCGGGAACGGACCCGGGAUUUCACUUACAGGAAGGAAAGGCUAAACCGAGAAAAAAAAGCCCAGGAAGCAGCGAAAACGAUCCACCCUGUGGCUCGAGUCGCUACUUGUUGACCCGAGGCCGCGCUACACCACCGAAUCCAGGAGCCAGCAGUGUUCGUCACCGCCUUUCCAAAAGAGAUGAAGAACGCCUUGAGUACUGUCGUUCCAGACGUUCAGCAGCAGAUCUGUACGUUCCAUAUCAUGAAGAAUAUCGUCCUCAACGCAACCAAAGUCGGUUUCCACGCCCGCAGGUGGCUAGCAGUAUAGGUAUAUAUACGACAGAGACCCACUCCGCAGAACAGAACCGCUCCGAUACUUCGUUGCGUUAUCACCAAUGAACUCCAACCGGGUGUCAGAGAUGUCCUCGUCUUGGCGAAUACCGAUGGGUUCACAAAUUCGGACUUUGAAACCAAGCUCGACAAAGCCGUCAAAGAAUACUACCUCUAGCGUCGACACCAUCUGGUGGAAAAUGCACCCUGGGUCCCAGGAAUCGAUGUUCACACAGCCGUCAAUGGCAACGCCCACUCGCUCGGUUCUCUUCUUUGUUGACAUCUACAUACGACUUCGCUUGGAAAUAUUUCAGAGUUGUUUUUCGCUGCGCCUAUCUUAAGCCCGGCGUCACUAGAUGCGCUCAGUGCU